AUGAAGAGUUUCCUCGGUCUCUCCCUACUCCCUCUCCUGGCGGCUGGCUCGCCAGUCAUCGUGGAAACCAUCCAUAAGGAUGCUGCUCCGGUCAUCUCCUCCUCCAACGCAAAGGAAAUUCCCGACUCCUACAUGGUCGUCUUCAAGCAGCAUGUCUCCAACGCCGAUGCAGUUGCUCACCACAGCUGGAUCCAGGAUCUACAUUUGACCAACCAGGUCAAUAAGCAAGAGCUGAGGAAGCGCAGCUUCGGUUUCUCUGAAGACACCAUCUUCGAGGGUUUACGCCAUACAUACAACAUCCCUGGUGGUCUUCUGGGCUACGCUGGCCAUUUUGAUCAAGACGUCAUCGAGCAAGUCCGCAGGCACCCUGAUGUCGAAUAUAUCGAGCGCGACUCCGAGGUUCACACCAUGAAGGAGACACCUGCCCUCGAGAAGAACGCCCCAUGGGGUCUUGCCCGUAUCUCUCACCGCAAGUCCUUGGGCUUCGGAGAUUUUAACAAAUACCUCUACUCCGAGGACGGUGGUGAAGGCGUUGAUGCUUACGUCAUUGACACAGGCACCAACACUGAGCACGUCGACUUUGAGGGUCGUGCCAGCUGGGGAAAGACCAUUCCACAAGGCGAUGAGGAUGUUGAUGGAAACGGACACGGAACUCAUUGCUCUGGCACUAUCGCUGGCAAGAAGUUCGGUGUUGCAAAGAAGGCCAACAUUUACGCCGUUAAGGUUCUCAAAUCUAAUGGAUCUGGUACCAUGUCGGAUGUCGUCAAGGGUGUCGAAUGGGCUGCCACUGCUCAUUCUGGCUCCGUAAGCGCAGCGAAGAAGGGCAAGAAGAAGGGCUUCAAGGGUAGCGUCGCCAACAUGAGCUUGGGAGGUGGCAAGUCUAGAGUUCUCGAUCUCGCCGUCAACGCCGCUGUCGAUGCUGGUCUUCAUUUCGCGGUCGCCGCCGGUAAUGACAAUGCUGACUCCUGCAACUACUCCCCUGCUGCUGCCGAGAACGCUGUCACUGUGGGUGCUUCAACUCUCGCUGAUGAGCGUGCCUACUUCUCCAACUUUGGCGCAUGCAACGACAUCUUCGCCCCCGGUCUCAAUGUCCUUUCCACCUGGAUCGGAAGCAAAUAUGCUACUAAUACCAUUUCCGGAACAUCGAUGGCUUCGCCCCAUAUUGCCGGCCUCCUUGCCUAUCUCUUGUCACUUCAACCUUCCAACGACUCCGCCUACGCCGUUGCUGAAAUCACUCCCAAGAAGUUGAAGGCCAACAUCAUCGCCAUUGCGACCGAAGGCGCCCUCACCAACGUCCCCGCUGACACAGCCAACAUUCUUGCCUGGAACGGCGGUGGCAAGUCCAACUACACUGAAAUCAUCAAGGAUGGAGGCUACACUCUUGACAAUGCUGCUGGCACUGAAUCCUACCUCAGCGAGAAGGCUCAGGAGCUCAAGCUUGAGCUCAAGAAGAUUGCUGCUGAGUUGGAAGCCCUCGUCGAGGCAUCCUGA